CCUCCCUCUCCGCCGUGUCUGCAGCUGCCUGGUGCGCUGCACGCAACCCGGGGUCGUUCAGCUGUGAACUCUUCCUGCCUGGCCGCGUCAGAAACCGAACCAUGCAACAAGACUUUUGCGCCGCUCAAGCUGUGUAGGUGCGCCCAACCAAGCCGGCUGCCAAGGAGCCGCGCCUGGCGAGCGGCGCUGGUGGGUGGCCAAAACUUCGUGGUUCCUGCAGCGGUUGCUGCCCCCAUCCCCUUUCCCGAGAAUUAAGAAUGAUAGCUGCUGGGAAGUUUGCAAGUGUCCCAAGAAAUAUGCAGAUGAAUCACGAGUUCUCGCUUGCUUCUUCUAUGGAUCUUUUGAGCAGCAAACCAUCUCUGAUUAAACAUUGCUCCAAUACUUGUCAGGAUGUUUCUAUCCAUGGCACACUUCCAAGGAAGAAAAAGGGAACCAUUCCUGCUAGAUCCUGUGAUGUCUUUAGCCACGUAGGAACUUUGCCUUACCUAAAAGGACAUCGACAUCAGGGGUCUACAUUUCAAGAUGUCAUAGAAGAGUAUCCUCCGCAAACCUGGAAAAAUGAUGGCGUCCACCAGAGAGAUCAGCCUUCUGUGGACUGAAGCUGGGGAGGGUGUAAAGUUUUCAAAGGAGAGGCAGAUUAUGGACAGUGUCCCAGAAAAACUGAAGAAAGAGCUGGAAGAGGAGCUGCAACUGAGUGGUGAAGACUUGCGCAGUCAUGCCUGGUACCAUGGAUGGAUUCCCCGGCAGCUGGCUGAAAGCCUCAUUCAGAGAGAUGGAGAUUUCUUGAUACGGGACUCUCUCUCCAGUCCUGGGAACUUUGUCCUUACCUGCCAGUGGAAAAAUAUCUCUCAGCAUUUCAGGAUCAGUAAAACUAUCCUGAGGCUCAAUGAAGCUUAUUGUCGUGUUCAGUACCAGUUUGAAGAUGAAAGUUUUGACAGCAUCCCUGGCCUGGUUCGGUAUUAUGUGGGAAACCGCCGGCCAAUAUCAAAGCAGAGUGGAGCCAUUAUAUUUCAGCCCAUCAACAGGACUGUUCCGCUGAGGUGUCUGGAAGAAAAAUAUGGUGCAUCUCCAGUACGGCAAAGAGAGAGCAGCAUUCCUGAGGAAAAAGUGGAACCUCCCAAGAGACUCAGUCUUAAUAUGUGCAGCCGGCAGACCCAAGAGCAGAAUUCAAUCCAAGAAAACCUGUUAAGAAACAAGGAAAAGAGUGGUAGCCACCCAUCAUGCUUGGACCAUGUGCAAGAGAAAAGGUUCCCUCUAAAGGCCCAUCAGUCAGACAGCUAUCUACCAAUAGGUUCAAGGUAUCCAGCUCAGGGACCUGAAGCUGAAUUAAGUCCUUGCCCAAAGUCUCCAGCAUACAGAACUGGCAGCGAACCUGCUCUGAGCCCAUUUAUGUUUCGCAGAUUUGCUUCAGAGUUGCAAAUUAAUGAUGCUGUCAGAAGUUCGGACAGCCAGCUGUACCCGAGGCCUCCACCCAAGCCCAGUAAAGCACCCCUUCUGAGGUUGUUGCACUCCUCGGAGGUGCUGUAUUGUGAACUUAAUGCGGCUGUUCCCACAGACGGUAGUGUGGCAAAGCAACCUUUAUGUCAGAAGAACAGCUUUGUAGAGCAUCUGACAGCUAAGGAGAAUGGGAUUCAUUCAUCCAGGAAUUCGGAAACAAGCUACUUGAUCCUGGGUGAUAAUGAUUCUUUGAGCUCUGUGGAUCUGUUAACAACCCAGACUGAAACAGGCAAAGAGAGCAACACAUUUGUCGCACCCGUUCUCGAGAUGGUCUCCAGUUUUAGACCAAAUGCUUUCGAGUCCAAACUCCUUCCCCCAGAAAACAAACCCCUGGAGAUGGCAAUGUUAAAAAAGGUGAAGGAACUGUUGACAAACAACGAAGCAAAGACCAUUGCUCUGCAUAUACUACGAAUGGAUUGCAAGGUUGCUAGGAUACUAGAGGUCUCUGAAGAGAUGAAGAGAAGCAUGGGGGUGAACUCAGGCCUGGAACUGAUUACGCUGCCGUUUGGCCACCAACUGCGCCUGGACAUAAUUGAAAGACACAACACCAUGGCAAUAGGAAUAGCAGUGGAUAUUUUAGGCUGCACAGGAAACUUAGAAGAGCGAGUUGCAACCUUAAAUCGGAUUAUCCAGGUAGCUGUGGAACUCAAGGACUCCAUGGGGGAUCUAUAUGCCUUCUCAGCUGUGAUGAAAGCCCUGGAAAUGCCUCAGGUCUCCAGGUUGGAGCAAACAUGGACUACUCUGAGGCACUGCUACACCCAGACAGCCAUCUUGUAUGAGAAGCAGCUGAAGCCGUUCAGCAAGGCCUUACACGAAGGAAGAGAGACAACUUCUGUUCCACAAAACAUCAUCACAGUACCCCUACUCAUGCCUCUCGUUACUCUGCUGGAACGCCAAGCAGUUGUGUUUGAUGGGAUGGAUGUUUGGGAGAACACUGACCAAAGCUGUGAAAUCAUGUUGAAACAUCUGGCAACUGCUCGUUCAAUAGCGCAGAAUGCCAGCCUGUACAGCACAAAUGCAGAACGGACCUUGCACGGUUUUCGGCCCGAUGCCGAAAUGAGCGAAGUCUUCAAAACGGAAUUCCAAAUGAGAUUGCUGUGGGGCAGCAAAGGAGCACAGGUUAACCAAAGUGAACGAUAUGAAAAAUUCAACCAGAUUUUAACUGCGCUCUCGCGAAAAUUAGAACCUCCAUUAACAAAACAGACUGAGCAGUGAACUUUCUAAUGGACUUUCCACUACAGGUGAUUCAGUGGAACUGCUUGGCAAAGAAAAGAACUAACUGUAAAAUGAACUGUUCCAUAUGGUUUUUCCAAGUCAAAAAAGGGGUGGGCUAAGGGAGAAGAAUGUUUUCCAGCACUUCCUUACCUUGUGUUGCUUAUCCUGCAUGCAUUUUUUUUUAAAAAAAGCCUAUCUGUGAUAUGGUGAUCCCAGCCAAUUAUCUUACAGUAUGAUGUCACAGUGCUACAUGGCUAGAUUUGCAUACAUAACAAUUUCUUGCAUCCACUUACACUUUCUCAGUUGGCAGUAGCUACUUUUUGUCCAAACAGUUCUACCCCUUGUUGGAGGAAACCCUGAAGAAAUUAGGACUGAAGAGAGGGCACUUUUGUGCUAUUUGUGAGAAAUGCACCACCCCCUUUUGGGACAGCCCUACUAUUAUGUGAAAUUCACAGGGCCUUUCAGAUCUAUAAAGUGCACAAUGUGCAUUUAUUUAUGAAUUGUUUCAAAAGAAUGAUUACUGACUUAUGAAAGAAUAACUAUUUAUUUGUUAUGGACAUUACUUUUAAUUAACUAGUGAAAUGCUGUCCACAGCAUAAAAGCAGUGCUUACAGUUGUUUUACUAGAUUUUUGUUUAGUCUUGCGCCAAAUAAUGUUAUUAACAAAUGUAAAUAUGAGUACAGGGUAUGGGAUUUGCUUUGUAUAAGGUAUCAGUUAUAUGAUAUCUUUUAAGUGGAUGUGGAAAAUUGUAUAUACUCUUGUCGAAGUAUAUCCAUGUGAAAAAAUUUCCAUUGUAUCAAAGGGGAGAAAUAAUUUGAGCUUAAAGCUGUCUAAGACUGACACCUUGGGAAUAUUUUUUGCAUUUUAACUUUUGCUGUAUGUGCAAAGAAUCUUAAUGAUUAUUUCUAUUGAACAGAACGGGGGAUUGCAGCUAAUUGGUUUCUCCCCAUCACAAAAUAUACCUCAGACAAUUCCAUUCCAGCAAUAUUGACAAAAACAUGGUAUGGCUACGUAAGUUCAGCCAUUGUCUAGUUUACAAUGAACGAGACAAAAGUUAAAUUUAUUCCUAACGAGGAUUUGUAAAGCAGCAUCGAAAACUUCAUUGGGAAUACUGAGCAAGGUGAGGGAAUGAAUAAAUACUUGGAAGGGUUCAAAGGUUCUGUGCUUGAAGAAACUGACAGGAGGGGACAGCAGCAAGUGUUAUGAUAUGCAGCAGGACUUUUAUUUCAUUAGCAUAAUGCAGUGUAUACCAUAUUGAAUUGUUUCCUGCUUUAUAAAAAAACAUCAGAAUGUGCCACAAAAACAGUUAAGGUACAACUGCAUCUGAGCUAUACUUUCUCAACAUCAGGCACCUGAUGCAAAUUACCACUAUAAACAACAGAAUAAGGUAGGGGUGUUGAACAGCUAGCUCACGAAGUACCAGUAGCUUGCUGGCUACAGCAGAAUAGCUUGUACUGGCUUUAGCAGCCCCAGGAAAAUUAUCUGGCCUAAAUCCUCCCUUUAUAGUAAUCUUCUUGCUGCUGAGCAGAUAGCUUCAUUUCUGUUGAUCUUUGUAGUCCAUGAUCUGUUUCAGGGACAGAACAAAAGCUUCGUAGUAUUCUUGGGGUUUUAUUCAUUACUCAGAAAUAGUUCUUCUAAAAGAUAUAAUGACCUUUGUUCCAAGGAGUGUUUGCCAUAAGUUUAAACUGUAGAGAAAACACAAUAUUCCUUUUACAGCAGGGGGUUUUGUGUACGUGUUUUUUUACAAAACAAAAUGGACUUCUAGAGAAACAGCCUCCUUGUGCAGGCUUGGCUUGCAUAGACCCACCCUAUGCUUCUGGAUGAACGGUUCAUUUUACUGCCAUGCUCCAGUCCCGCCCUCCUGCAUUGCAUGGUUCAGAGAAGAUAUUUCUGUGCUUGUGUGGGUAUAUGUGCUGUCAGGGUCUCUCAGAAUAACCAAAAACUACAGUUCUAUUUCUUAACACUAUAGUUGAGACUUGGAUGAGGAUGAUAAUUAACAGACACGUAAAGGAAAGCAAUACGAUGCCCAGCACUUGUGGAAAGAGCUUUAUGUUCAUUUCCUGUUCGGAAAGAUGCAUAGAUAAAAAAAGGGGGGGGAGUAAGGUGGAAACUGGAGUCAUUGUGUCAUUCUCAGAGAGUUGGUGCCUGUGACAUAGAAUGGCCUGCCCCUCCAUGCGCUACACUGCAACAGGCAUGGUGUGUCAGACUGGUUUGUGAAGGCGAGGCUAAAGCAUUCUCAGCAUCAAAAUGCUGUGCGUAGAGUCCUGCCAAUGUGGACAGCCUUGACAUAGAACAGGAUGAGUGCAUUUAAGAUGUUUUCAUAAGCAAUUGUUCCUGAUGAUGGGAGGUGGCCUACCUGCACACUGCAAAUCCUGAAAUGCGAUAGAAGUCAAUGGUCAGUUGGCAUUUCUAUCACCAUAGGCAGCCACUAUUUAGAUUUUCUCGUCCCACAAGUAUUCAGUUAUCCCUGGCUGGAAAUUGUUUAUUUCCCCACAAUAAACACACUGCAGGAAGGAAGGGGGGGGGGACGUUUGCCUCUCUGUCAACAGCAUACACUGUGUAAUUACUGUACAAUAAAGCAAUUGACAGGAAAAGACCUAGCUGUGUUGGACCUCUGCAUUGGUCCCUCUGUACGUGUAAGCCAUGCAGCAAAUCUCAGCUGAAGUCAGUGGCACAGAACGUACAGACUAAUGGGAGUUGUGCCUCAUUAAAAUGCUGCACCACUUACUUGUCCAGGCCAGGAAACACAGAGCUUCUUGCUUACUGGAGCAGAAACUGCUUUCCUUGUGCAAAGUUUCAAAUGGUGCCAUGUCAUUUACUUCUGUAUGCAAAAAUUAAUUGUAUUUAAUUGAACUUCAGUAACUGACAAACAGCAGUCCUUUUUGUAAUGAAAAGGUAUUGAUCUUGUACCAGUUUUGGAUAGCUCUGGAGACAAAGAGGUGCAACACCAUGUUUCUUUCAUCUCCUGAAGAGUGACUAAAAUAAUUGUUCACUGUUGGGGGAGGGUGGUGGUGGGAGGAACACAUCUAUCUUCCAGCAUAUACUUGGGGAGUUGUCAUGCCUACCAAUAAUAAGAAUACCUAGAUUGACCAAACUACGAACUUAAUGAAAGGCAUUUAAUUCUAGCUUGGCCUGCUGCCCGUAGUUUUCGGUCUGAGCAGCCAGCUGGAAAGGUGGAACUCCCAUUUUUGUUCUUUCUUGUGGCAUGCCUUUUUGGAUUGCUUUUGUAUCUCCAGCUCAACACAUUCUUCAUUAGUCCAAAGCGCUGGGCUUGCUGUUACAAGGGGUGUCUUAAAAGCUACAUCUUCCCAGUCAAAAUCAUUACAUAUAUUCAGUUUUGCAAGCUUCAGUUUUCUUGUGAAUAGAAAGCCGAGAGAGUGAGACAGUUUGGACUGGGAAGGCGACGGAGGAGAACUGUCCCAAGAAGGAUAAGACAGCAAUCAUGCCAAUUCCGACUGUACAUGUUUUUUAAAUGAUACCUGAUGUGCCGCAAAGGAGCUAGAACCAACAAAAAAAAUUAAUGAAAGGGACCCUCUGGUCUCACACAAUGAAGGUGAGACUUCUGUAAGAAAGAAGCAAAGUGUUUGUUGAAAAGCCUUAGGGAAGAUUACUAACUGGAAAGAUGCAGUAAGCACUAGGAAGUCUCUAUCCCACCUACUGCAUAUCACAUCAAAACAAUCCUCCUUACUCUUUAUAUGGGCACUUACGCCUAGGGGCAUAUCUAUAGAAAAUGGCGCCCACGGCAAGCACUGAAAUUGCACUCCCAUUAUUACAUUGUGUAAUAGUGGUGAUAAUCUUUCAAAUAUCUCAGAAUUCAUUUUUUCAAACUGAAUCUUAAGAAUGAUUUAAACAUUCGAUCAGAAAACAAUUCGAAGCAGGUCGACUAAGAAGUCAGUUCUAUUCAGUGGUGGGAUCCAAAAAUUUUAAUAACAGGUUCCGAUGGUGGUGGGAUUCAAACAGUGGUGCUGCCGCACAAACUGCCACUCCAGUCCUUAUUGGGCAGGGAGAUUGCUUUAGUAACCCCUUCUCGGCACUCAGAAAAAAUUAGUAAGUGAGAACUGGUUGGAUCCCACGUACACUUCCAAUGGCAGCCUUGCUUAGGGUGACAAAAUACCCUGAGAUGGCCUUGUCUAAUGCCGCCGUCUUUCUGCACCUACCAAAGUUUUCAGUCAGAAUCACAUUCUAACAGGUCUCACAGGUCAUAUUUGUUUACUUCAUUUAUAUCCUUUUCUCCCCACUGGGGGAAUAGAGGCAGCUUAGUGUUCUCUCCUCCAUUUUAUUGUCACUACAAUCUUGUGGGGGAGGUUGGAAUAAGUGAGAGUGACCGCAGCAAGGUCAUCCAGCAAGCUUUCAUGGCAGAAUUGGGACUUAAACCUGGGUCUUGCAGAUCAUAGUCCAAUGCUCUGAUCCCUAAGUUAUGUGGGCCUUUGACUCCGUGUACAGUCUGAUCCAAUCCAUUUUUCUUUGCUAAAGAUGGGGGGUAGGAGGUUUUUUAAAAGGUUUUGUAACAUUUCUUAUUAAGUCUAUUGUCAUUGUUAUAUUCAUUUAACCCCCCACCUGUCUUUUCACCAUUAUAAUUGGAUCUGACACUAAAACAGUUGGCACUGAUCUGACCUGCCAGCGGGUGGAGUUUUCUCUCUCUGCCUUCUUUGACACCUCAACUGAUCUUUGUAACGAAUCUCAAGUGCCACACUUUAAUAAACACUGGGAAAUAU